AUGCCUUCCGACGUCAAGCCCCAGGACAUUACCGAGAAGAAUGACCCUAGUGUCAUGAGACAGUGGGAUGAGGCCGACUUCUCCACCAAGUUCGAGGAGUUCUACAAGAUUGUGGAUGGCCUUAAGAUUGGUCUUCUAGGCACAUACCGCCCUGGUGUCGGACGCACCGGCCCUGACUUCCUCUUCCUCGCCAACGCACACUCGCAAAAGUUCAAGGACAUUGAGGCGAACAAGGAAGUCAACAUUUCGUUCCAGGACACCAAGAGCCAGGACUGGAUCUCAGUGACCGGUACUGCCACAACCGCUUCCAACAGUGAUCCUCGUAUCAAGGAAGUCUGGAGCCGUGGUGCUGCAGCUUGGUUCGGCGAUGUGGGUGACGGUGUUCACAACGGAACUGCCGAGGACCCGAGAAUGAGCUUGAUCGAGGUCAAGAGCAAGNNUGUACACAUCUCAUACUACAAGACCAACGUCGGCGCUCUCGGUUACCUCAAGGAAGUCGUUGCCGCCAACGUCACUGGUGGAGUUGCCAACACUGGUAACCUCAGACAGAUGAAGGAGGACGAGAUUUCUCAGGCCAGAAAGCAGCACUCCAGCAUGAGCUCGUAA